AUGAUCAGGUUUCUACCAUCGUACUUGUGGUUUGAUUCCUGCCAAUCAUCUAUCCUGUACCCUAUCCCACCAUUUGCACGCCCUCAGGCAUCUGAGUGCCUCGCCUCGGGUAAUUCAGCGAGCCUCAGGGACCCAACCAUGGACGCCCCUGAUGAUGCGGUGCUGCGCGUGGCUGAGCUGGCAGUGAGCUGCACCGUGGAGCGCACUGCAAGCCGCCCAAGCAUGGCGCACAUUGCCACCCAGCUGCAGACCGUCAGGGAGGAGGUGGCGGGGAAAGAGGAGCUGCGAGAAGCACUCAAGGUGGACACGGAGGUGGAGGAGAUGAGGGAAGAUCCUCCUGGCGAUCUUGACGAGGAGCUCAAGGAGAUUGGCGUGAUCCUCUCAGGGAGAUUGCCCUUGCCGGGUCAAGAUCGUGCCGAGUGA